GAUAUUUUAUGUGUGUAUGCAAUUGGAUUGAUGUGAUGAAGAGCACAACAUCUGGAAGAUAAAAUCUUGUUAUCCUCUUGGACGUGCAGACUUUUCAGCUGUUAAGGGUCAAAGGUUGGUGGUCCAGUCACCAUGAGGCAGGAGGUGGAGGCUCAGGUGUUAAGCCCCCACUAUGAACUGGGAGAGCAGGGCCUUCGUCAGAUCCUGACAGAUGUAGUAGAAGAGGUGAGGUGUACGCUGAAUCAGGACAUUGAUGGAGCAGAGAUUCUCCACAGUCUGCUCAACGCUUCCUGGCUGCAGUCACUGCUUAAGGUUUAUGAGUGUCUUCAAAGGUACCUGCGAGACUCCCCAGCGGCAGUUCUGGACUAUGCCUCCGGACUCUCAUUUCAGCUGCUGAUUGACAUCAAGGCACUGCCAGGCUGCUCCGAGGAGGCUAAGGAGCUUGACCGACUCCUGCGACAGCCUCACCUUCAGGCUCUGCUUUCUGCACAUGAUACCGUGGCCCAAAAUAACUAUGAGCCUGUGUUGCCGCCAAUGUCAGCUGAGGUUCCAGAUGAAGAGGAGGAGGCCACAAGGAUCGUGUGCCUGGUCAAGAACAAACAGCCGCUGGGAGCAACAAUAAAGAGAAACGAAGUUACUGGGGAGAUCUUUGUGGCUCGGGUGAUUCAUGGAGGACUGGCUGAUCGCAGUGGUUUGCUUCACGCGGGUGACCGGAUCAUAGAAGUGAAUGGAUUUCCGGUGGACGGCUUGGAGCCAGAGCAAGUCAUUCAAGUUGUGCAGGCCAGAGCGCAAGGAACCAUCAUUUUCAAAGUGGUUCCCAUCACCGACAGGCCGAUUCACAGCCACACAAUGCUUUACGUGCGAGCUAUGGUGGACUACAGCCCUCAACAAGAUCCCACCAUCCCUUGCACAGACGCUGGCGUGAGCUUCAAGAAAGGCGAUGUUCUGGAAAUCGUAGAUCAGACAGAUGCUCUGUGGUGGCAAGCCAAGAAACUGCCCAGCGACAUGGCCUGUGCAGGCCUUAUUCCCUCCAGCAAACUGCUUAAACGGAGGCAGAGGGACUUGUUGCCUUAUCAGCCGCACACCUGUAUCCAAAUACAAAUACUGAACACGGUGGAGGAAGAGGCGGACUUAAUGGCCAUUGAUGAAAAAUGUGUUGAAGCAGAUGAGGAGGCCUUUGAAUCUGACGAACUCAGAGACGAGGGUGAUGAUUUCAGCAGCAGCGUUGAGGGAGUGUACCUCGCUGGUUUUAGGCGCAGCUUGCGUCUAUGUCGCAGACGCUUUCACAGCACCGCCCUAACGUCUUGCCCCACUCACUGUUCCAAUAAUUGCAACAGUGCUCUCCACUGUGCCUAUGAGGAGGUGGUGCACUACCAGCGCAGUUCUAGCGAUGUGCACCGCCUCAUUGCCCUAUUAGGUCCAUCGGGUGUGGGUGUGAAUGAACUUCGCAGGCGCUUGAUUGAAAUGAAUCCCAACACAUUCCAAGGAGCAGUACCUUACACCACAAGACCACCCAAAGGAUACGAGGAGUCUGGCAGAGAAUAUCACUUCAUCACUCGAGAGGUCUUUGAAAACAUGGUGUACAAAAGCAGGUUCUUGGAGUAUAGCGAGUAUAAAGGGAAUCUGUAUGGCACCAGCAGAGACACUGUGAGAGAAGUUUUAAAUUGUGGGAAGAUCUGUGUCAUUGACAUUGAACCAAAUGCCAUUCCGACUGUGAGAACACAUGACCUCUGGGCUUUUAUCAUCUAUGUGAAGCCACCGCCUCUGGAGCAACUCAGAGAGUCGAGACAAGACUCGAACAUAACCACUGACUACUACGUCAAUCGCCCCUUCAAAGAUGAAGACUUCCAGGAGAUGGAGGAGGCCGCCCUGAAACUGGAGUCCCACUACUCACAAUUCUUUGACGAUGUGAUUAUUAACAAUGACUUGCAGGAGUCCUGCGUCCAGUUGCUGACAGCGGUUAGGAAGGCGCAGGAUGAGCCGCAGUGGGUUCCCACCAACUGGAUACAACCCACCACAGGCACAUAGACAAAAAUGUAAGAGGUUAAAGAGAGAUGUACCCCCUGUUAUCAUGGUAGCAAUUUACUGUGAAAGAUGUUUUGUGAUCAGCACAACAAUGUAAAGAGCAUAUCCCAGCUGACUUUGCUGCGAGAGGUGGAUUACACCCUGGACUGGUCGUUAGCCAGUUACAGGGAACAUACUUUAUAGAUAUUCACAGCCAUGGGGAAUUUAGUCUUCAAUUAAACUAAAUGUCGGAGGAUGCCAGAGUACCAGGAGAAAACUUCCCCAAGCAUGGGGAGAACAUGCAAACUCCACACAGGAAGGCCGGAGCUGAGAUUUGAACUCAGAAUUUUGGAGCAGACACGCUAACCACUAGAUCACCGCACUGCCCAAUUUAUGGCUGCAUCCAUUGUAAUAUUAUUUCACCUCCUGUCUCUCAUUCUUAUAUGCUUACCUGCGGGAGCAUGAUUUGUUUUGUUCAAUGUUUACAAUUUGGACUGUGAGGUACAUUAUCUUAUUUGUUGUGCUUGUUUUUUGUUCAUACUGUAUUUUAAAAUGGGUUGCUGCAUACAACGCAUAACAAAACAAAACUUGGUGUUUACAUUCUUGUUAAAAAAAAUUGUGAAAUUCAACGUUGGCGAUUUGGUACUUUGAAAUCUUUGUGAUGAUAAUAAACCUGUCAAGUUUGA